AGAGUCUCUGCCGUGCCAUCUGGGAUGCAAACUGUCCCUGUGUCCCCCACGUCCAGGCCGUAGAUGCUCCCCGCCGGUCAGUCACUUAGUCGUCAGAUCGCCCGUCCUGGUAUCACAGUGCUUCUGUUCAGGUUGCACACUGGGCCACAGAGGAUCCAGCAAGGAUGAAGAAAUGGAGCAGCACAGACUUGGGGGCAGCUGCGGACCCACUCCAAAAGGACACCUGCCCAGACCCCCUGGAUGGAGACCCUAACUCCAGGCCACCUCCAGCCAAGCCCCAGCUCUCCACGGCCAAGAGCCGCACCCGGCUCUUUGGGAAGGGUGACUUGGAGGAGGCUUUCCCGGUGGAUUGCCCUCACGAGGAAGGUGAGCUGGACUCCUGCCCGACCAUCACGGUCAGCCCUGUUAUCACCAUCCAGAGGCCAGGAGACGGCCCCACCGGUGCCAGGCUGCUGUCCCAGGACUCUGUCGCCGCCAGCACCGAGAAGACCCUCAGGCUCUAUGAUCGCAGGAGUAUCUUUGAAGCCGUUGCUCAGAAUAACUGCCAGGAUCUGGAGAGCCUGCUGCUCUUCCUGCAGAAGAGCAAGAAGCACCUCACAGACAACGAGUUCAAAGACCCUGAGACAGGGAAGACCUGUCUGCUGAAAGCCAUGCUCAACCUGCACGACGGACAAAACAACACCAUCCCCCUGCUCCUGGAGAUCGCGCGGCAAACGGACAGCCUGAAGGAGUUUGUCAACGCCAGCUACACGGACAGCUACUACAAGGGCCAGACAGCACUGCACAUCGCCAUCGAGAGACGCAACAUGGCCCUGGUGACCCUCCUGGUGGAGAACGGAGCAGACGUCCAGGCUGCGGCCCAUGGGGACUUCUUUAAGAAAACCAAAGGGCGGCCUGGAUUCUACUUUGGUGAACUGCCCCUGUCCCUGGCCGCGUGCACCAACCAGCUGGGCAUCGUGAAGUUCCUGCUGCAGAACUCCUGGCAGACGGCCGACAUCAGCGCCAGGGACUCGGUGGGCAACACGGUGCUGCAUGCCCUGGUGGAGGUGGCCGAUAACACGGCCGACAACACGAAGUUUGUGACGAGCAUGUACAAUGAGAUUCUGAUCCUGGGGGCCAAACUGCACCCGACGCUGAAGCUGGAGGAGCUCACCAACAAGAAGGGAAUGACGCCGCUGGCUCUGGCAGCUGGGACCGGGAAGAUCGGGGUCUUGGCCUAUAUUCUCCAGCGGGAGAUCCAGGAGCCCGAGUGCAGGCACCUGUCCAGGAAGUUCACCGAGUGGGCCUACGGGCCCGUGCACUCCUCGCUGUACGACCUGUCCUGCAUCGACACCUGCGAGAAGAACUCGGUGCUGGAGGUGAUCGCCUACAGCAGCAGCGAGACCCCUAAUCGCCACGACAUGCUCUUGGUGGAGCCGCUGAACCGACUCCUGCAGGACAAGUGGGACAGAUUCGUCAAGCGCAUCUUCUACUUCAACUUCCUGGUCUACUGCCUGUACAUGAUCAUCUUCACCAUGGCUGCCUACUACAGGCCCGUGGAUGGCUUGCCUCCCUUUAAGAUGGAAAAAACUGGAGACUAUUUCCGAGUUACUGGAGAGAUCCUGUCUGUGUUAGGAGGAGUCUACUUCUUUUUCCGAGGGAUUCAGUAUUUCCUGCAGAGGCGGCCGUCGAUGAAGACCCUGUUUGUGGACAGCUACAGUGAGAUGCUUUUCUUUCUGCAGUCACUGUUCAUGCUGGCCACCGUGGUGCUGUACUUCAGCCACCUCAAGGAGUAUGUGGCUUCCAUGGUGUUCUCCCUGGCCUUGGGCUGGACCAACAUGCUCUACUACACCCGCGGUUUCCAGCAGAUGGGCAUCUACGCCGUCAUGAUAGAGAAGGUAAUGAGCUUGGUCAGCGCUGGGGGAGGGCAGGGGUCCUGCUUGGCUGAGCCUUCUGAAGACUGCCAGGAGCUGAAUGAGAAGGCACCGGCGGUGGUGACACUGAUUGAAGACGGGAAGAACGACUCCCUGCCGUCUGAGUCCACGUCGCACAGGUGGCGGGGGCCUGCCUGCAGGCCCCCCGAUAGCUCCUACAACAGCCUGUACUCCACCUGCCUGGAGCUGUUCAAGUUCACCAUCGGCAUGGGCGACCUGGAGUUCACUGAGAACUAUGACUUCAAGGCUGUCUUCAUCAUCCUGCUGCUGGCCUAUGUAAUUCUCACCUACAUCCUCCUGCUCAACAUGCUCAUUGCCCUCAUGGGCGAGACUGUCAACAAGAUCGCACAGGAGAGCAAGAACAUCUGGAAGCUGCAGAGAGCCAUCACCAUCCUGGACACGGAGAAGAGCUUCCUUAAGUGCAUGAGGAAGGCCUUCCGCUCAGGCAAGCUGCUGCAGGUGGGGUACACCCCUGAUGGCAAGGACGACUACCGGUGGUGCUUCAGGGUGGAUGAGGUGAACUGGACCACCUGGAACACCAACGUGGGCAUCAUCAACGAAGACCCGGGCAACUGUGAGGGCGUCAAGCGCACCCUGAGCUUCUCCCUGCGGUCAAGCAGAGUUUCAGGCAGACACUGGAAGAACUUUGCCCUGGUCCCCCUUUUAAGAGAGGCAAGUGCUCGAGAUAGGCAGUCUGCUCAGCCCGAGGAAGUUUAUCUGCGACAGUUUUCAGGGUCUCUGAAGCCAGAGGACGCUGAGGUCUUCAAGAGUCCUGCCGCUUCCGGGGAGAAGUGAGGACGUCACGCAGACAGCACUGUCAACACUGGGCCUUAGGAGACCCCGUUGCCACGGGGGGCUGCCGAGGGAACACCAGUGCUCUGUCAGCAGCCUGGCCUGGUCUGUGCCUGCCCAGCAUGUUCCCAAAUCUGCGCUGGACAAGCUGUGGGAAGCGUUCUUGGAAGCAUGGGGAGUGAUGUACAUCCAACUGUCACUGUCCCCAAGUGAAUCUCCUAACAGACUUUCAGGUUUUUACUCACUUUACUAAACAGUGUGGAUGGUCAGUCUCUACUGGGACAUGUUAGGCCCUUGUUUUCUUUGAUUUUAUUCUUUUUUUUGAGACAGAAUUUCACUCUUCUCGCCCAGGCUGGAAUGCAGUGGCACAAUUUUGGCUCCCUGCAACCUCCGCCUCCUGGAUUCCAGCAAUUCUCCUGCCUCGGCUUCCCAAGUAGCUGGGAUUACAGGCACGUGCCACCAUGUCUGGCUAAUUUUUUGUAUUUUUUUAGUAGAGAUGGGGUUUCGCCAUGUUGGCCAGGCUGGUCUCGAACUCCUGACCUCAGGUGAUCCGCCCACCUCGGCCUCCCAAAGUGCUGGGAUUACAGGUGUGAGCCACCACGCCUGGCUGUUUUCUUUGAUUUUAUUCUUUUUUUGUGUGUGUGUGUGUGUGUGUGUGUGUGUGUGUGUGUGUGUGUGUGAGACAGAGUUUCACUCUUGUUGCCCAGGCUGGAGUGCAGUGGUGUGAUCUUGGCUCACUGCAACCUCUGCCUCCCGGGUUCAAGCGAUUCUUCUGCUUCAGUCUCCCAAGUAGCUUGGAUUACAGGUGAGCACUACCACGCCCGGCUAAUUUUUGUAUUUUUAAUAGAGACGGGGUUUCACCAUGUUGGCCAGGCUGGUCUCGAACUCUUGACCUCAGGUGAUCUGCCCGCCUUGGCCUCCCAAAGUGCUGGGAUUACAGGUGUGAGCCGCUGCGCUCGGCCUUCUUUGAUUUUAUAUUACUAGGAGCAAAAGUAAAUGAAGCCCAGGAAAACACCUUUGGGAACAAACUCUUCCUUUGAUGGAAAAUGCAGAGGCCCUUCCUCUCUGUGCCGUGCUUGCUCCUCUUACCUGCCCGGGUGGUUUGGGGGUGUUGGUGUUUCCUCCCUGGAGAAGAUGGGGGAGGCUGUCCCACUCCCAGCUCUGGUAGAAUCAAGCUGUUGCAGCAGUGCCUUCUUCAUCCUUCCUUACGAUGAAUCACAGUCUCCAGAAGAUCAGCUCAAUUGCUGUGCAGGUUAAAACUACAGAACCACAUCCCAAAGGUACCUGGUAAGAAUGUUUGAAAGAUCUUCCAUUUCUAGGAACCCCAGUCCUGCUUCUCCGCAAUGGCACAUGCUUCCACUCCAUCCAUACUGGCAUCCUCAAAUAAACAGAUACGUAUACAUA